AUGGUGGAGGGGCGGACCGAGCGUAGCCGCCCGCCGGGCCGGAGUCCGGGCCCGGGACGCCGGGAGCUGCACGCGGGUCGGGCAUGUCCUGAGCCGGACCCGGGACCGGGCAGCGAGCGGACGAGACGAGAGUGUGCGCGCGGGAUCGCCCGGCGGCCGCCCGGCACCGGCCAUGCCCGGCGGCCCGAAUCCCCGCAGCCCCGCGCCGCUGCUGCGCCCACUCCUCCUGUUCCUCUGCGCUCUGGCGCCCGACGCCCACGCAUCUGCACCAGAGGACAGCUGGCCCCUCACUUCAUCGUCCUGUCCCAUCUCUGCAGCCGUGGGUGGGGCCUCUGCCUGGAUGACUCCCCCACCAAGGAUGUCAUCGACUUCCCUUCGAUACCACCUGGCGUCCUCUAUGACGUGGGCCACCAGUGUCGCCUCCAGUAUGGGGCCUACUCUGCCUUCUGCGAUGACAUGGACAAUGUCUGCCACACGCUCUGGUGCUCCGUGGGGACCACCUGUCACUCCAAGCUGGAUGCAGCUGUGGAUGGUACCAGGUGUGGGGAGAGCAAGUGGUGUCUGAAUGGGGAGUGCGUUCCCAUGGGCUUCCGGCCCGAGGCCGUGGACGGUGGCUGGUCUGGCUGGAGCGCCUGGUCCGUCUGCUCCCGGAGCUGUGGCGUGGGCGUGCAGAGUGCCGAGCGGCAGUGCACACAGCCUGCGCCCAAAUACAAGGGCAGAUACUGCGUGGGUGAGCGGAAGCGCUUUCGCCUGUGCAACCUGCAGGCCUGCCCCGCCAGCCGCCCCUCUUUCCGCCAAGUCCAGUGCAGCCACUUUGACGCUAUGCUCUACAAGGGCCAACUGCACACGUGGGUGCCCGUGGUCAAUGACGUGAACCCCUGCGAGCUGCACUGCCGGCCCUCGAAUGAGUACUUUGCUGAGAAGCUGCGGGACGCUGUGGUCGAUGGUACCCCCUGCUACCAGGGCCAGGCCAGCCGUGACCUCUGCAUCAACGGCAUCUGCAAGAAUGUGGGCUGCGACUUCGAGAUUGACUCGGGUGCCAUCGAGGACCGCUGCGGCGUGUGCCACGGCAACGGCUCCACGUGUCACACCGUGAGCGGGACCUUCGAGGAGGCUGAGGGCCUGGGGUAUGUGGACGUGGGGCUGAUCCCAGCCGGUGCUCGCGAGAUCCGCAUCGAGGAGGUGGCCGAGGCUGCCAACUUCCUGGCCCUACGCAGCGAGGACCCGGAUAAGUACUUCCUCAACGGUGGGUGGAUCAUCCAGUGGAACGGGGACUACCAGGUGGCAGGGACCACCUUCACAUAUGCACGCACAGGCAACUGGGAGAACCUCACAUCCCCUGGUCCCACCGACGAGCCUAUCUGGAUCCAGCUCCUGUUCCAGGAGAGCAACCCUGGGGUGCGCUACGAGUACAUCAUCCACAGGGAGGCGGACGGCCAUAGCCAGAUCCAGCCGCCUGAGUUCUCCUGGCACUAUGGGCCCUGGACCAAGUGCACGGUCACCUGUGGCACAGGGAUGCAGAGGCAGAGCGCGCGCUGCGUGGAGCGGCAGGCGGGGCCCGUGGACGAGAGGCACUGUGAGCCCCUGGGCCGGCCCGAUGACCGUCAGAGGAAGUGCAGCGAGGAGCCCUGCCCCGCCCGGUGGUGGGCAGGUGAGUGGCAGCUGUGCUCCAGCUCCUGCGGGCCUGGGGGGCUCUCCCGCCGGGCCGUGCUCUGCAUCCACAGCGUGGGGCUGGAUGAGCAGAGCGCCCUGGAGCCACCUGCCUGUGAACACCUGCCCCGGCCCCCUGCCGAAACCCCUUGCAACCGCGAUGUGCCCUGUCCGGCCACCUGGGCUGUGGGGAACUGGUCUGAGUGCUCUGUGACGUGCGGCCCAGGCACUCAGCACCGAAGCAUCCUCUGCACCAAUGACACUGGUGUCCCCUGCGAUGAGGACCAGCAGCCGGCAAGCGAGGCCGCCUGCCUUCUGCCGCCCUGCCCGAGGGCCCUGGACGUGCUGGGCCCCGAAGGCUCAGGCAGCGGCUCCUCCAGCCGCGAGCUCUUCAAUGAGGUCGACUUCAUUCCUCACCGCCCAGCCCCACGCCCUCCGCCCCCCUCAUCACCCAAGCCGGCUGGCAUGGGCAAUGCCAUCGGGGAGGAGGACCCUGAGCUGGGCCCGCCGGGGCCCGUGUUCGUUGACGACUUCUACUACGACUACAAUUUCAUUAACUUCCAUGAGAACCUGUCCUACGGGCCCUUCGGGGAGCCUGACACAGACCCGGCGGGCACAGGGGGUUGGAUGCCCCCGCGCCCGAGCAGUCCUGCUGAGCCUCCUGUGGGCACCCCCACGCCUGCCACAGAGCCUUCCGGGCCUGAGGAUGAGGGGGCGCUGGGAGACUGGUCCCCUGCUCCUUGGCCCAGCCAGGCUGGCCGUUCCCCACCCCCACCCUCGGAGCAGACCCCUGGGAACUCCUUGGUCAAUUUCUUAUUUGAGGAAGAUGCCCCCAUUGGAGCCCCAGACCUUGGGCUCCCCAGCUUGCCUUGGCCCCCUACUCCAGUCAGCAUGGAGACGCCUGCUGCCCCUGGGAGCCAGAACAAGUUCCUGGGAGGGGAGGACAGCCACAGCCAGCCGCCCCCUCCCUGGUGGGAGAGGACCAAUGAGGUUUCCGAGGACAGCGAGGAAGCCUUGGGCCGCAGAGCGCCCCAAAGACCCAGCCCCACGCUGCCCCCCUUGUCCUCCAUCAGCACCUCCCACUCCUCUCCUAGUCCCGACACAGUAGAGCUGUGGACGAGUGGCACCUUGGCCUGGGAACCAGCGCUGGAGGGUGGCCUGGGGCCUGUGGGCAAUGAGCUGUGGCCCACUGUUGGGGGCACUCCUCCCCCUCCUCCCACCGCCAGUCUGCCAGACACUCAGGGUACAGACAGCGCCCUGGAGCCCGGGACUCCCACCCUUUCAACCCCAGACCUGGCUCUACGCGACCUGCAGACCCUGGCGAUGCCGGGAACCUUCCUUCUGAAGGCUCCGACCGGCCUAGGGCACACGCCUUGGGUGACUGCCCUGAGCCUGGGGCCCUUGGGCCAGCCUGAGCCCCCCAGCCCUGAGACGCCCCCAAGCCCUGUGCCGCUGUCCAUACCAGCUCAGGACAGUCCGGCCAACGGCAGCCGAGCCCCUGGGCCUCUGGACCCCAGCUCAGCAGAGGAGGGACCCCCUGUAGACCUGCUGCCCAUCAGGAAUGCCAGCUGGCAAGUGGGGAACUGGAGUGAGUGCUCCACCACCUGCGGUCUGGGUGCCGUCUGGAGGCCCGUGCGCUGCAGCUCCGGCCGAGAGGAGGACUGCACUCCCGCUGCCCGGCCCCAACCCGCCCGCCGCUGCCACCUGCGGCCCUGCGCUGCCUGGCACACGGGCAGCUGGAGUAAGUGCUCCCGCAGCUGUGGCGGGGGUUCCUCCGUGCGAGACGUGCAGUGUGUGGACACACGGGACCUCCAGCCGCUCCGGCCCUUCCACUGCCAGCCGGGGCCUGCCAAGCCGCCUGCCCGCCGGCCCUGCAGGGCCCAGCCCUGCCUCAGCUGGUACAUCUCUUCCUGGAGGGAGUGCUCCGAGGCCUGCGGCGGUGGUGAGCAGCAGCGUCUGGUGACCUGCCCAGAGCCGGGCCUCUGUGAGGAGGCGCUGAGACCCAACAGCACACGGCCUUGCAACACGCACCCCUGUACGCAGUGGGUGGUGGGGCCCUGGGGCCAGUGCUCAGCCCCCUGCGGCGGCGGCGUCCAGCGGCGCCUGGUCAAGUGCGUCAACACCCAGACUGGGCUGCCUGAGGAAGACAGUGACCAGUGUGGCCACGAGGCCUGGCCCGAGAGCUCCCGGCCGUGCGGCACCCAGGACUGUGAGCUCACUGAGCCACCGCCCCUAGGCUGCGAGCGCGAUCGCCUGUCCUUCGGUUUCUGCGAGACGCUGCGCCUGCUGGGCCGCUGCCAGCUGCCCACCGUCCGCACCCAGUGCUGCCGCUCCUGUCCCCCACCCGGCCGUGGUGCCCCCUCCCGCGGCCAUCAGCGGGUCGCCCGCCGCUGACCCGCACCCCGGCCCCCCGCGGCCAGGAUGCACAGACAGACCGAUGCACGGACCUCAGCGCCCAGCAGGACCUCAGCGCCCAGCACGGGCUGCGGUGGAGCCCCGCCCCUCGCGCCCUAAUGGUGCUAACCCGGCCCCCGACAGUGGCAGGCUGGGGACCCUUCCCCCUCAGAAAAGGUAUUUUUUUAUUCUAACAGUUUGCCUAACAUUUAUUAUUGUUAUUGUUAUACAUAAACAGGCAUCUA